AUGGUGAAGGGGAGGCAAGGCGAGCGCGUCAGACUAUAUGUCCGUGGUACAAUCCUCGGAUACAAAAGGUCGAAGUCGAAUCAGUACCCAAACACGUCGCUGAUACAGAUUGAGGGGGUGAACACGCAGGAGGAGGUGUCGUGGUACCUCGGAAAGCGAAUGGCUUACAUUUACAAGGCGAAGGUGAAGAAGAAUGGGUCCCACUACCGCUGCAUAUGGGGGAAGGUCACGCGCCCUCACGGAAACAGCGGCGUGGUUCGAGCCAAGUUCAAGUCCAAUCUGCCUCCAAAAUCCAUGGGAGAUAGAGUAAGGGUGUUCAUGUACCCGAGCAACAUUUGA